AUGAAUGAAAUUAAUGAAGAGAAGAUCAACUGUUAAUUAUACAACUUAUCAAAUUAGAAUGUUCUUAAUAGUUUAGAAUACAUAGCCUUCAAUUCUAAUUCCACAAUUUUAUUAGCAAUUUAACAGAAUAUCAUCAAUUCUUAUUACUUUAAAAACAAUUAUCUAAAACACAUUUCUAGUAUUAAAGUGCUAAGAAAAGGCAAAGAUCAUCUAGAAUAACUUGAAUACUUAAAAGGUUCAAACUCAAUUUUAACAACAAUUAGAAAUAACAUCCUAAUUGCUAAUCUUAGUUGUUUAAAGUCAAGAAAAAUUUUAUAGAAGAUUGGCCAUCGUUUAUAUAGUGGUUGUUAAUAGAUGUUAUUUAAUUAAAAUUAAAACAACCUAUUUAUAAGUUCUGAUAAUUAAGUCCUGUUUAUUGAAAAGAAUAUCGAAGGGUGGAAAUAAACUCAAAAAAUUUAAUUAGGUUAUAGGGAUUAUGUGAUUUCAAUGUGUUUAAAUCUUUAAGAGGAUGAGUUGUAAAUUUAUGCUGAUGAUGGCUAUAAUUGCUCAGCUUAUAUUUAUAUUUACCAGAAAUAAACCUAAUAAUAAGAAAUUAAUUGGAUUUUAAUACAGAAUAUGCGUUUCGGAAAUGGAAUAGGAAAAUUAUGGGGGGGAUUUGUAAAUUAACUACUCUUUUUUAAUGAAUUUUCUCUUGAUGUUUAUAAAAAAUCAAACUAAUCUUAAGACUACAUAGAAUAUGUUUCUUCUUAGAUUCAGAGUCGUUCCUUGAUCUUUUGCCAGUUUUUGCAAAAUAAAUUGGUACUGCUUAUUGAAAAAAAUAACACCAUUAGAGUUAUGAAAUUAAAUCUAUAGUAAAAAUUAGAGUUCGUAAAAUCAAUCGAAAUAGAUAUGUCUGCAUUGAUUAAUAAAUUCUCUUAUUAUUCUUCGAUAAAAGCUACAUUAACUUAAGAUGAAAACUUUUUAAUAAUUUGGAAUCAAGAAAAAACUUUAAUCAUUAAAAUGAUUUAUAUUUGA